GCUAUUGUAAAAGCAAUUCCAUCCAUAGAAAAUAAGGAAAAAGAACACGACGAUACCAAACACUUGGCUGGGGAACAACUCUUUCGGGAGACACCAUUAGUCUUUUUCACUUUCCAGCAUAAGAGCAUUGGAGAUGGAUGGCCAUUAGGGUGCCCAAGCAAUGGCUUCGCUUUGCCUCGCCCCGUUACCACCUCCUUCACCUUCCCACUCUCGCAAACUCUCUGAACCUUCUUAUUCUGCUUCUUUGAAUAGCUAUAGUCAUAUAACAGGAGGAGAUUUAAAGCCCAUAGUCGUUAAUGGAAACCCGCCCACUUUUGUCUCUGCUCCUGGUCGCCGAAUUGUUGCUGUUGGGGAUCUUCAUGGAGACCUUGACCAAGCAAGAUGUGCACUUGAGAUGGCUGGUGUCUUGAGUUCUGAUGGUCAAGACUUAUGGAUGGGUGGAGAGACGGUAUUAAUUCAGCUUGGAGAUAUACUUGAUCGUGGUGAAGAUGAGAUAGCUAUUCUAUCAUUGUUGCGAUCAUUGGAUUUGCAGGCAAAAGCUAAAGGUGGAGCAGUUUUUCAGGUCAAUGGGAAUCAUGAGACUAUGAACGUUGAAGGGGAUUUCAGAUAUGUUGAAUAUGGGGCAUUUGAUGAGUGUAUUGAUUUCCUAGAAUACUUGGAUGACUGUAGAAAUGACUGGAAUGAAGCUUUUGUUGGCUGGAUUGGUGUGUCUGAAAGGUGGAAAGAAGAGAGAAAAAUGUCCCAAAAUUAUUGGGGUCCAUUGAAUCUAGUGAAGAAGCAAAAGGGGGUGAUUGCCAGAUCUAUGCUCCUAAGACCAGGCGGUCCAUUGGCAUGUGAGUUGGCACAGCAUGCUGUUGCUCUUAAGGUCAAUGACUGGGUAUUCUGUCAUGGUGGCCUUCUUCCUCACCAUGUUGCAUAUGGCAUAGAGAGGAUGAACAGGGAAGUAUCUCACUGGAUGAGAGGUCUCAGUGAGAGUGAUAAUAGUCCUCCCAUCCCUUUCAUUGCUACCAGAGGUUAUGACAGUGUUGUUUGGAAUCGCCUCUACUCAAGGGAUGUUUUAGAUUUGGAGGACUAUCAGAUUAAGCAGAUACAUUCUAUUCUUAAAGAGACACUGCAAGCAUUAGGUGCGAAGGCAAUGGUGGUGGGGCAUACUCCUCAAACUCUAGGGGUGAACUGUAAAUACAAUUGUAGCAUAUGGCGCAUUGAUGUGGGAAUGUCCAGUGGUGUGCUUAAUUCAAGACCAGAGGUUCUAGAAAUAAGAGAUGAUAAAGCAAGAGUUAUAAGGAGCAGAAUGGACACAUAUGGUGAAUUCCAAGUUUUUGAUUAUACAUAGAAUCAAUCCAAUGAACAGAAGAGGAAAAUACAGAUACUGUGUUGUUACAUCUUGUAUUCUAUCAUUGGCUUAGAUUCUUUGCAUUUGACAAAAAAAGAGAAGCCAACAACGACAAAGAAGCAAGUUGGUGGGGGUGACUUAGAGAGCACAAAAAAGAAGCAAAGGGAGCAUAUGUUAUAUGCUGAAAGUAAAAUCAUUGGAAGACCUGGCUUGAUGCUAAUGAAAUUUGUCUAUGAUGAUUAUUAAAUUAAAUCAUGCCAUCAAUAACGUUGUAAUCAGAUGUUAAGUUCAAACGAGAUCAAGAGAAGAUAUUGUAAUUAUAACAAUUUUGUUCAAUGUACUGUGUAAAUUCUUUGAUACC